UUGACGAAAAAUGUUUUACGCAAAUAAGGAUAAAAUGGUCAUUACUUGUGAUUCGGUGGCACCGUGUGGACGUGAAAAUGUUGGUCAAAAGAAAUUAUAAAUUCUUCCAAGUGUGCUUAAAUUCUUUCAUGGUUCUGAUGAUCAUAGUACUAUUGAAAGUUUUAUUUGAUUCUACAGAGGAACAAGGGAAGUCAGCUCUUCAAAAUGAACCACAGAAACCAGGCAAAAUAAAAGAGGAGAUGAAAGCACGACUAAAACGAGAGGAAGAAACAGAAUAUGAUGAAGAAGAUGCAAAGCCAGUGGUGAAACCUCAAUCGAAUAAGGUAGUGGCCAAACCUAAACAACCUGAACCUACGAAAGCUCCGGAAAAACCAGUGGUGGUAGUUACGGAACCACCUGCAAAACCAAUCGAGAAGAUAACACAAGAAAAACCUAAGGAAGUUGCAACGACCUCGAAGCCGUUGAGUAAAAGGGAAGAAGAAAUCCUAAGAAAACAAAAGGUGCUGAACGAGACGGGAAAAUCAAUGGAAGGUCUCGACCAGUACGACCCAAAACUGGUCCAGUUUACCAGAGACGCGAUUCUCAUUUCACCGGAACCAGCCACACCAAAUGACACUACUAGUAAAUUGUUGACUGAUAUGAAUAAGGAACCCUCUGCACAGCAAAUAGCAACACAAAUUAUUCACCAUCUCAAGAAAAGGAAAAAUGGAUUUAUUGUGGAGUGCGGAGCUUGGGAUGGCGUAUCACUUUCGAAUUCGAUAGGAUUGGAGAUUUUUUACAAUUGGACCUCGCUUCUAAUCGAGGCUGCCCCAUCCGGACUGAGAAAUAUAUUGAAGGUGCGCAACAGGGCUUGGAUUGCUCCUGCUUGCUUGAGCACAAAACCAGUUGCGAAUAUGGCACAAUUUCAAGACAACAGUUAUGCGGGCAAGAUUCAAGGCCCGGCGGGAAAUUCAACUGAUAAAUCGAUGGUUAAUGUUCUCUGCAUUCCCUUCAUGACGUUCAUGCAGGCGUUGAACAGAACAUCAGUCGACUAUUUCAGUCUGGACGUCGAAGGAAAUGAAAUGGACAUUUUGCCUCUCAUCGAUUUCCACAAGAUUAAAAUAGACGUGAUGACGAUAGAAAACCAGUUUCAAAAAGGAAGAUUGGAAAAGAUGUUGGAAAUCAUGCACAAAAACAACUUUACUCUACAUACGGCUACACAUAUUGAUUUCAUAUUCAUUAACAAUCGUGUGACUUUGCCCUGAAAAUCAUCAAGGGAAAGGGGUAACAAAACUGAGGGAAAUAUGUAAGUCUGUGUUGGUCCGAUUUUUCUUGCAAUUAGAGGGGUUGAAAUGUAACUUUUUAUUUACUGUUCUCUGUGUCAAUAAAAAAACUUCUGUUUCAUAAACAUGAUGUACUGUAAAAUCAAAAUAUUAAUUCAAGUAACAUCUAAAUAAUUCACCAGUCAAGUAUAGCAUUUGAAAGGUGAAUACACCGCGCUUUUUUUAUGUGUACAAAAAAUUUAAUUGAAUUCUUAUUUUUUAAAUGAUGACACUUUAUUAUUAUUUUAUUGGCACUAAUUUUGUUAUGCUUGAGGAAAAUUUAAGUAGAAUAGCGGCUAGAAAAUUCAAUUUAAAAGGAAAAGUGCAGAAAAAAACUCCCUUAAAAAUAUUUGAAGUGUUCUUAAGGAUGAAAUGAGUAUGAGAGUUUUUUUGUGAUUCAUGAUUCAUUAUUAUUAAACAGAACCAAUACAAUUGAGUAUUUAAUGAAGGAAAACUGCAGAGCCAACGAAACAAAAUUUCCUUUAAGAGAGCGUCAAUUUGUUCCAUUGUCAAUCUCAUCUCAUUUGGGUUCUUUGAAAAUUCAUUCGUUGGCCACAUUUCAGUGGUUCUAACAUAAGAAAACGAUGACGAUGAUCUUGUAAGGUGACGCAAACUUGCAUUUGCCUUGUUAAUUAGCACUUCUAGAAAAAUCGCACGCCUAUAUCCUAUACAAAUAUGUGGUUGAUAUUGUGUUUUUGCGUGACUCUUCUAUCAAAUAAUGAAGUUGAAGGUACUAUAUGCACGUGGGAUUGUUUUGUUAAUUUA